AUGUCAAAUGCAAGCAGCAAUUCAAAUUUAUCUACACCCGGAAUUGUACUAGUGUAUGGUGGAACAAGUGUAAAUGAAAUUCCUCUAAUUGGAAGAUUCUGGAUGUUUCUUAUAUCAAAUUGUGCAUCAUUUAUUUGUUCUGUUUUUGUUCUUUAUUAUUUACUAUUUGAUAGGAAUCUUCGACGUGGACUUAAUAGUCAUGUUCUCAUAGUUGGUCUUAUCUUUAAUCUUUUUGCACUGGUAUUAGAUGUUCCAUUGGUUUUAUAUCGUCUAUAUCAUGGAAUUGUUUGGAUGCAAGUGCCAAUUAUUUGUGUACUUUGGCAAUAUAUUGAUUCAGUAUCAUAUACAGUAUUACCCAAAUUAGUUGCAUGGGCUUCAUUUGAACGGCACAUUCUGAUUUUUAAUGAACAACGACUUUUACUAUCAAAGAAUCGUAUUUUAUUUCAUUACAUACCUAUAGGUGUAGUCGCUGGUUAUCACAUUCUUCUCUAUACGACAAUAUACUUUAUUGUACCUUGUCAAAAUGUAUUUGAUUAUACACAAACUUACUGUGGAUAUGAUAGUUGUGUAUAUGAAACUUCAUUUGCUAUUUACGAGCUAUUCUCAAAUGGCGUAUUCUCAUGUGUCUGUAUUGCUUUCUUCAAUAUCACUCUAAUUGUUCGUGUUAUCUAUCGUAGAUAUCGUAUACAUCGACAUGUAGAUUGGCACAAGCAUCGAAAACUAACACUUCAACUCUUAUAUGUUGUAUCAAUAUUUUAUAUCUUUUAUUUUCCUUUGGUUAUAGUAGGUGUUUGCCGUUAUAUUACUGGUAUAAAGACCUUUGGUUCUCAAUAUUAUGUAUACGGAAACUUUUUAUCUUUUUAUGUUAAUUUUCUCUUUCCUUUUGGAUGUGUUGCCAUAAUACCUAAAAUUAAAACAAAAAUCAAAAAGAUAUUAUUAUGUUGGAAAAUAAAACCAUCUGCUGUUGGUCCACCUACAGUGAAUACUCUGCAACAACGAACUGGCCAAACACCGAUGACAGCGGGUAUUGCUUCAUGA